AUGGCGUUCUUUACGAACCUCUUUGGUGGACAAACAAAUGGUAAUCGCGAAACAGAUAAUGCUGCUGAAGUUGUGCAAAAUUUGGUUGAACGAGUAGAAACAUCCACUGUACUGGAAGAUCGACGAGAUGCUCUUAAAGCUUUGAGGUCUCUUUCGAAGAAAGUGCGAUUGCCCGUUGCAGCUAUAGGAAUGAAUGCUUAUAUGGAUAUUCUAGAAAAAGAAGGCAGUAGUUCAGAAAUAAUCUCUAUUGUCCUUGAGAUACUCGUCUUUGUGCUUUGCGAUGAUGGAGUUGCUAAUGAAGGAAGUGACGAAAUAGGCGAACGGCUCGCGGAAAUGAUAAUUCGCAAGAAGACGUUUAUUCCAUCAAUCAUGACUCUUGUUGAAUCAUAUGAGUUUUCUGUUCGAAGAGCAGUUGUGCAGUUAUUGACAGCUUUACUUCGACAUCGUGCUAGCGAAGUACAGACAGCUAUUGUUGAAGAACCUAUGGGAGUUUCUCGUUUAGUGGACUUACUUCAUGAUACCAGAGAAGUUAUCCGUAACAGUACAGUUCUGAUGAUGAGUGAGCUAAGUCAAGCACAUCCACAAAUUCAGCAGCUCUUGGCAUACGAGAAUGCAUUCCAACUUCUUUUCGAUGUAAUUGAUGUCGAACCCGUAGAAAGUAUAGUCAUCGAGGACUGCCUUUAUGUCGUUCUGAAUCUGUUACGGAGAAAUCCUAAGAAUCAACAGUUGUUUCGAGAAGCCAGUCUCAUACAACGUUUGGCAAGUCUCUUGAACCGUUUCGUGCAUGGUCGCGAUGAUGACGAAAAUAUACCACAACACGAUUAUGAAUGGCAAAAACAAAAAACUGCUAAUAUUAUAUUUUUGCUUCAAGUUGUUCGGAGCUUGGUUUCUCCGCAGGAUAAUUCUCACAAUAACACACACGCUGCACAAAAGGCUACCUCACAGACGGGAAUACUAGAAAGUUUGUGCAGUAUUUUGUUAUCUGAAAUUGGAGUUACUGUGGAAGUUCUUACGGAAGCAAUCAUCACUGUUGCAGAAGUCAUAUGCGGCAAUUAUGCUAAUCAAGAGUAUUUUUCAACUCGUAGCCUUGCAACGGAUGUAGGAAACAGACCUUCAUUAAUUGUACUUCUGUUAUCAAUGAAUUCAGACAAACAGCCUUUUAAAUUACGUUGUGCUGUUUUCUAUUGUUUCUUGUGUUACUUGUAUGACAACGACUUCGGUAAAACAAAAGUCAUUGACACAUUACUUCCUUCAGGAAUUUCUCAUGAUACUCAAAUCACUACUGGCCAAUGUAUAUGUACAGCUAUUUUGAGUUCAGAGGCUGUCCAGGUAUGGAUGGGUUGUGUUUGCUUGGUGCAUUGCAUUUUGGAUGCUGAUCAUCUCAAACAGCAACUUCUUCGAGUUCAGUUAACUACAAAUCCUUCAGAGACACCUUCUUCGCUUCUGCAGCAUCUUAGUGCUGUUCUGAUUUCUUUGGGAAAUCGUCGACCACAGACGAGAGCAGGUCUGCUUAUGCUGCUUUCAGUAUGGUUGUACAAAUGUCCACUGGCAGUAUCGCAGUUCAUCUCUGUGGAAGAAAAUAUUCAGUAUUUAACAACGCAUAUAGAUGGAUACGGGGCUGAAGGUUCUGAGGAGGAGAAUCAGGUUGUAAAAGGUCUUAUAGCUUUAUUACUAACAGUCUGUUUGCUCUUCGACAAAGAAAACGAAAAUGAUGACACAAAGAACACACUAAAUGUGGUAGUGGAGCGUCGAGUUGGAAAGGAAAAAUUAGUAGAAUUGUUGGAAGGGUUAUCGCAUAGUGAACAUUAUGUAAAAGCAGCACAAAAGCCGCAGCCGUUAGCGAAAUCGGCUCAAGACCUGUUGUUGGACUAUUAUUUUACUAAGUUCUUCAAAAGUGUUGAAGGUCGUAUGGUGAAGCAGAUAUGCCCAUCUGUUGAAACUGGUUCCUGUGGUGUUAUUAAUGAUAGUGUUUUUAAUUCUUACAAAGAGCUUAUAAAGCGUCAAGAUGAAACUAUUGCAUCUUUAAAUCAACAAGUGAAGAAGCUCAAAGAGGAUGUAGAUAAUCAAAAGGAUGAUAGUAAGGAAAAUGAGUUGAAUUUACUGCGAAAGCAACUUGCGGAAAAAUGUGAAAUCAUCGACAUUAAUAGUUUUUGUCAACAGGAAAUGGAACAUUAUAAAUGUAUGGUUGCUCAGUGGCAGUCAGAAGCAAAAAGAUACCAAACAUGGGCAGAACAAUGGCAGCAGUACCAAAUUAAUCAGCUACCAAAUCCUCUAGACUCUGUGGUAACUGAGCUCGUUUCGCAGAACAGAGAGCUGGAAUUGCAGCUGGAACGGGGAUGGCAAAUGUAUGAUUCUCAGGGAAUAUCGUUAGUAAAUGCGUUGAAAGAAGUUGAAGAAGCAAAAACUAAAAUUUCUGGCCUCGAAAAUCAGAUUGCCCGAAUGACUGAAGCACCUAUCAAUAAUUGUGGAAGCCAGUUAACUUCUGUCAAGGUUUUUGAAGCUUUAAAAAUGGAAAAAAGGCUUAAUGGUUUUAUGUUAAAGAAAGUUUAUCAAAUGCCGGACGACAGUAAGGAGGUGGCUUUUUUGAAAAAAGAACAAGAAGAUUUGCUCGUAUUACUAGCCGAUCAAGACGCCAAGAUAGUUGAAUAUAGACAAAAGCUCAUUAAACUGGGUCAGCCAGUUACAGAUGAUGAAGAUACAGAUGGUGUUUAG